AUGGCGAGGGCAGAGACACGGCAGCGGAGGCUGGAGGGCUUUGCUAGGCCGGAGACGCUGGGGCUGCCACGGUCUCUAAGCCCAGGAAGACCCACAGCAGCCUCAGGAGAUGGACUCUGGAGUGCUCCUGAAACCCUGAAGGUGGCUCCCAAACAAUUAGAGACUGAGCCUCUCUCGGAGACCACCUGGUCCAUUGGUCUUCAGGUGACAUUGCCCUUCAUAUUUGCAGGCCUGGGACUGUCUAUGGCUGGCGUGCUUUUGAACUAUUUUCAGCACUGGCCUGUGUUUGUGGAGGUGAAAGAUCUUCUGACAUUGGUGCCACCUCUGGUGGGCCUGAAGGGGAAUCUGGAGAUGACACUGGCCUCAAGACUGUCUACUGCAGCCAACACUGGACAAAUUGAUGACCUCCAAGAGCAGCACAGAGUCAUCACCAGUAACCUUGCCCUCGUUCAGGUCCAGGCCACUGUUGUGGGGCUCCUGGCUGCUCUGGCUGCCCUGCUGCUGGGAGCUGUGUCCAGGGAGGAGCUGGACCUAGCAAAGAUGGGACUGCUGUGUGCCAGCAGUGUCCUCACCGCCUUCCUUGCUGCGUUGGCCUUAGGAGUGCUGAUGGUCUGUAUAGUGAUUGGGGCUCGGAAACUUGGGGUCAACCCUGACAACAUCGCCACACCCAUUGCUGCCAGCCUGGGAGACCUCAUCACACUGUCCAUUCUGGCUUUGGUUAGCAGCUUCUUCUAUAGGCACAAAGACAGCUGGUUCCUGACACCACUGGUCUGCAUGGCCUUUGUCGCUCUGACCCCAGUGUGGGGCAUCAUGGCCAAGCAGAGCCCAUCUAUCAUGAAGAUCCUCAAGUUCGGGUGGUUCCCCAUCAUCCUAGCGAUGGUUAUCAGCAGUUUUGGAGGACUCAUCCUGAGCAAGACCGUCUCUGAACCACCCUUCCAAGGCAUGGCCAUCUUCACGCCCAUCAUAUGUGGUGUUGGUGGCAACCUGGUGGCCAUUCAGACCAGCCGGAUAUCUACUUACCUGCACAUCUGGAGCACACCUGGAGUCCUGCCCCUCUGGAUGAAAAAAAUCUUGCCUAACCCAUGCUCCACUUUCUGUUCCUCAGAAAUAAAUUCCAUGUCAGCCAGAGUCCUGCUCUUCCUCGUGAUUCCAGGUCAUCUGAUUUUCUUCUUAGUCAUCUACCUGGUAGAAGGUCAAUCAGUCAUAAGCAGCAAGACCUUUGUGGGGCUGUAUCUGCUGGCAGGCCUGAUUCAGGUGACUGUCCUACUGUACUUGGCAGAAGUGAUGGUCCGUCUGACUUGGCAGCAGGCCCUGGAUCCUGACAGCCACUGUAUCCCGUACCUUACAGGACUGGGAGACCUCCUCGGGACAGGCCUGUUGGCACUCUGUUUCCUUUUCGAGUGGUUAUUGAGGAGUAGAGCAGAAUUUGAAGGCCUCUCAGAACCAGUGUCCGGGCCACCCUAA